AGCGACCUUGUCUGCAAUAACUAUCUUCAAUCCAACCCGUCAUCUUAUAGAAUGUCUCAGCACGAGAUUGCAACAAUGAAGGAGAUGCACGUUAGAUCUCGGUUCGAUCCAACUAGAAUUGCUGUUGAUUCCAUUUAUGCUAGCAAAAAGGACCUUGACAUCCAUUUGAAGAUGUUAGCAAUCUCUAACCAGUUCCAGUACCAGAUUCGAACCUCAAAAAAAUCUUGUCUUCAUGUUGUUUGUGUGGAUUUUCCUCGUUGCACAUGGGCUGUUCGGGCAGUGCGUUUACCAGGCGUUGAGAUGUUCCAGAUCCGUAGGACAUUAUGCUCUUUUAGGUAUAACCGUGAACAUCAAUGCCCUAUUGAUGCUCGACAAGGCACAACACGUCAAGCUACGUAUCACAUUAUUGCAGAGCUUGUAAAACACAAAUUUUGUGAUGCAACAACGAAGCCGUACCCCCCAAAUUCUAUUCUCAGCGACAUGCGUAGGGAGCACGGAAUUGCAAUGACUUAUAAGAAGGCGUGGUUUGCAAAAGAGAAGGCCCUGGAAAUUUGUUUUGGGACAGUACAAGAUUCUUAUGCUUCAUUGCCAUCCAUGUGUUUUAUGCUGAAACAGGCUAAUCCUGGUUCUUUGAUCGAACUCACAACUACGCCUGACCACUUGUUCAAAGUUAAGCAAUCACUCAAGCACCGUCCUGUGGAAUAUAUUGUAUCACACAGGCAUGAUGGAAUUAUCAAGGCAGUUAAAUCUGUUUACCCUAAGGUGGGCCAUGGUCAUUGCAUAUUCCACAUAUUUGGAAACAUCAAGACUAAUUUCCAUGGAUCCGAAAAGUCCUUGUCUUGGAAGUUUUAUGGUGCUGCAAGGGCAGCUUCUGAAGUAGAGUGCGACCGAUAUUUGAAGUAUUUGGACAGAGAUGACCCCAGGAUUAUUGGUUACCUGAAAUCUAUCGGGAAAGAGAAGUGGGCCAGAUCAUGCUCGAAUCAACGUUAUUCUAUAAUGACCUCUAACCUUGCAGAGUCCAUGAACAAUGUUGAUGCUGUCCCCCGUGAAUACCCAAUUUCACAACUUGUUGAUUUUCUAAUUGGAAGGACUCAAAGGUGGUUUCACGAGCGUAGGGAUUUAGCAAACUGCACGUCAACUACUUUAACAAAGUUCUACGAGUCGGAGCUAAAUGAACUACAUUCCGCCUCAACUGUUAUGGAAGUUAGGCCAGCUUGUUCAUUCGAGUUCCUUGUCAUUGACAAGAAUGGUCGUUCGUUUGUAGUGAACUUUCAAAAUACGACGUGCACUUGCUGUGAAUUCCAGCUGGACCAUUUUGUGUGUGUUCAUGCGGUCGCUGCAACGCGUUGUCGAAGCGGUUAGUCUUGCUAUGAUUACGUCUCAUCCUUUUACACCAAUACUAGAUGGAGAGCUACAUAUUCAGGCAUCAUACACCCCAUCCCAUCUAAAGAAUCUUGGGUUGUGUCCGAUGAGGUCGCAGAGGUUGUUUGCCUCCCACCAUCAUGCGAUAAACGUCCUCCUGGAAGGCCCAAGAAGCGAAGGAUCCCGUCCAAAGGUGAGCAUGCUAAGCGGCAGUCGUGCUCACGAUGCAAAUCUCGGGGUCACAAUAGGAAGACGUGCACUAAUCCCAUUUCUUUGAGUCGUGAUUGACUCCAUAUCAAGACGCUAUCAAGACAAUUUUGUGGUUGAUUCGUGGGUUUGUUUAGUCUGGUUUUACCGUUUCAGUGAACACAUACAUUUAAUAUAAUUAUGGUCAUUUA